CAACUGCGAUACCUCUGCUCAUCUCUUCAACGAUCACAGAUCCCACAAGAUCGAUGUCGCUCGCCAAUACUUAUGUGCCUAGGCGUUGGCGAAUCUCACUCUUUCUCGUUCUACUGCUCGCGGGGAUCAUGUUCUUUUCUACUAGUUUACAGAAACCUCUCUCAGAUAUCUCUGCUAGGAUACACUUUCCCAAUCGCCACAACGAAUCUUCUACAGUUCCAACGCAAGUGUGCGAUCCACAUCCGGACACGACAUCCAUUCGCUGGUCAGAUUUUGCAUACGUUCAAUAUGUCACAAACCCAAGCUAUCUCUGCAACUCGUUGAUGAUCUUCGAAGCAUUGAGAAGACACAACACCAAGGCAGAGUUGCUGAUGCUCUAUCCGCAAGAAUGGGAACUACCCGCAGUGAACGAAAGCGGCACUUCCUACGAAAGCAAACUACUUGCGAAGGCUCGUGACAUGUAUGGCGCGAAUCUCAGUCCAAUCAAGGUGAAGACCUUCAAGAACGACGACGAUCCAACGUGGCAGGAUAGCUACACGAAACUUCUCGCGUGGAAUCAGACCCAGUAUAAACGAGUAAUUUCACUAGAUUCGGACGCCACAGUUUUAGAUCAAAUGGACGAGCUCUUCCUCCUCCCGUCUGCCCCCGUCGCAAUGCCUCUUGCAUAUUGGGUGGAUCAUUUUUUCCUUUCUUCGCAACUAAUCGUUGUCGAGCCAUCUAUGGCAGAAUGGGAGCGAAUCCAGGACGCCAUGGAGAACCACGAAGGUUUCGACUAUGACAUGGAUAUCCUAAACAAGGUAUACGGCACAUCCAGUACAGUGAUUCCGCAUCGCAAGUACGACUUGCUCACAGGCGAGAUUCGACCAAAAGAACACCAUUCAUACCUUGGAUCAAAGGAACUGUGGCGCGUCAAAGAUGUCUUAGCCGAGACGAAGUUUGUGCACUUCUCGGACUGGCCUAUGCCUAAGCCGUGGUUGGAAGCAAAGCCAGAGGAUUGGGAGAAGUACAAGCCAAAAUGUAGAGAAAUUUCUGACGUGGAACGUGAUUGCUCAGAUCAAGAGGCCUGGCUCGAACUCCGCAGAGACUUCACGGCGCGUCGGGAACGAAUCUGUGGGCAGGCUUAUGACGCCAAAGCGCCGGACUACGAUAAAAGAACGACACUGCGUCGGCGAGGAGAUCUUUCUAUUGUACAUGUAUGA